UAUUCCACAAUCGCCUUUCCGCAACAACCCUCAUGAGUGAGAGAAGACACGGUGAACGGAGAGAGCACCACUCAAGAGAUUAUCAUAGACGAAGUGGUAAAUGGUCUCCGUUGCUCCUUAGAGAUUCUUGACUGACCUUCUGUGUCAAUGUUGAUUACCACGCACUACGUCGGCUGUGCUGGUAAUGGGGCGACAACACAUUCACUUAUGCUCAUAUUUAUAACAUGUCACGAUAUGCAUUCGCUGAACAGGGGGAGAUAGAGGAUGGAGUCGUUCAAAGUCGCCUGAAAGAGGCAGCCACCGUGACGAGAAAGGGGACAGAAGGUCUCGUCACACUAAACGUUCAAGGUCCCGCAGUCCAUACCGCUCACGCAGUCACAAGUAUCAUGACAACACGAGAGACAGAGGAAAGGAUGAUCGUUAUGACCGAGACAAAUACCACGAGUCUUCCGAAAGUCGUGGGCGAAUCAGAAGUCGCAGCGUUUGUCGACGUCAUCUGAGGAGCGUGGUGGCAGUAGUCGGCAUAGGUUGCGUGGAAAUUCGCCAAGC